AUGGAAAACAAGAGCUGCUCAAAUUGUAACGAGAGUCUUUUGCUAGAUACAUUUAGAGUGCUGGGAAAUGGUCAAACUACAAAGACAUGCAUCAAAUGCCUGGAUAAAAAGAAACAGGGGCGUGACAAAAACAAAUGCCCCCAUGGUAGGCGUAGGAACCAGUGCAAAGAGUGCAAGGGAAGUCAGAUUUUUCCCCAUGAAGAAUAUAGGGCUUACUGUAAAGAUUGUGGUGGAAGACAGAUUUGUCCCCAUGAGAGACAGAAGGCUUGCUGCAAGGACUGUAAAGGUAGCCAGAUUUGUAUACAUAAAAGGAUGAGAUCCUAUUGUAAAGAGUGUAAAGGCAGUCAGAUUUGCAAGCACGGGAAAUUAAAGUAUCGCUGCAAAGACUGCAAGAAGAGCAAACAGUCGGAAUAA